AUGACGACGAAUGGGCAAGACCUGGUGGGAAGUUUACAGCAAGAAGAAGAAGCACAGCAAAGACACGAGAACCAUGCACAGCAGAGGCUAGGGAGAACGAAACUUGGAUCCGUCGUGCAGACGAGUACGCUGAUUAUGAGUCACCCGGAGCCCACGCAGGAUGCUUCCGAACCAUCUUCGACGAUGCAGUCCAGCGAUGCUGUUCAUCAGAUGAAUCAAAUGGGCUACCGCUGCGUGCAAUUUCUCCCAAACGACAGGAACAUCGUCGUGUCGCCAUACACUAUCGCAAAUAUGCUAGUUUUACUACAUAAGGGAUCGGCCGGUGACACAAGGGCGAUGCUGGAGAAGGCAACCAAUUGCGGCAAUCUGGACAGGGAUCUCAGCCCCAUCUUCCGUCGUCUGUCUGCAGAGCUGUUUAACGAUCCAGAGGGCACACACGACUUCGACCUUGCCACUGUUGUCAUGGUUGGGUGUGAAUGCGUGACAACACCGGAAGUCUCCAGCUACCUCGUGGAAAACUUGAAUGGACGAACGGAAUGCGUCCCGAAAGAAAAUUUCCGUGAAAAGGCCAGCGAGCGGCUUCGACUCUGGGCACGGCACGCGACAAGAGGCGAGGUGACCGCAUCAUCGAUGUGGAAUGUGGUCCCGAUGAACCUGUCGUGGUAG